AAGUCUGAACUAGUUGCACUUUUGCUAAGCUGACGCCGGUGUGUUGGUUCUGUCCCGCGUUGAGCAGUUUUUAUGUCUGUGUCUUAUUAAAACCACGAACCAUGUUGCUGUCACUUUUACCGGAGCUUAGCGGAGCCUAGGCCAGAGAAGUCGGCUUCUUCCCGAGUCAGGGCGGUUUGAUGGUGGCCCUGCGUGUCCCACCCUGUGCCAAGCUGUCAAGAUGGAUGAAGAAACCCUGGAGGCUGCGAUUGCCGCCUACGGUGCUCAGCUGCAGCAGGUGGAGGCGGCCCUGUCUGCGGGCCUGGACCCGAGCCAGCAGCCAGACCUGCUGAGGCUGAAGGAAGACCUCUGCCAGCUGAUAGAGCUCACAGAGUCCAGCCUGGUGUCUGUCAAGAAGAGCCAGCUGCUGGCCAGCUUAGAGGACAGCAGCGACCUGCACACGAACACCUCCGAGGCCGCGGCGGACAGCAGCAGGGCAAACGAGAGUCUGAGCGCCGAGUUUGCUAAUUUUUACUCUGAACUGGGAGAGUGCUCAGGCAGCAGCUCCGAGACCAGAGAGAGGGAUGAGGACGUAGAGGGCAGAAGGGGGGAUUGUGAAGAGGAGGAAGACGAAGAAGACGAGGAGGGUGAAGAUGAGCUCAGUGGGACCAAGGUGAGAGCCCCUUACAGGACGUCGUGGGGGACGCUGGAGUAUCACAACGCCAUGGUGGUCGGGGCGGAGGCGGCGGAUGGAGAAGAGGCCCAGGUGCGAGUGCUCUACGUCUACCCCACCCAGAAAUCGAUGAAACCUUGUCCGUUCUACCUGGAGGACAAGUGUCGCUUUCUGGAGAACUGCAGGUUUUCCCAUGGGGAGGUGGUGUACGUAUCCGAGCUCAGGGAGUUCAUAGAGUCUGACCUCAGUAACCUCGAAGAGGGUUCUGCCUGCUUGGCUCGGCACGAGGACGGCAUCUGGUACCCGGCCAAGAUAAAAGAGAUCGACAGCGGCUUCUACACUGUAAAGUUUGACUCGCUGCUGAUGAAGGAUGCUGUCGUGGAGGCUGACGGGGUUAUCCCACCUCUCAGAGAAGACGACCCGCUCUCGUCUGACUCUGAUUCAGACGACACUGGAGACGGAGAUUCACUGGGAUAUGCAAAAGUUUUAGACUCUGCUGCAGAAUCUGCUGUGACAGUAAACAGUGCUAGCUUUGGUGGCUGGGAGGCACACACCAGAGGCAUCGGAUCCAAGCUUAUGCUCAAAAUGGGCUACGAAUACGGGAAAGGCUUAGGGAAGAUGCAGGAGGGUCGAGUGGAGCCCGUGACGGCUGUGGUCCUGCCGAAGGGAAAGUCUCUAGACCAGUGUGCUGAGCUGACACAGAGGCGCACCCAAAGCCGGACUGCUAAAGAUGGCACACAAACCGGCCGGCCAAAGCGGCGCAGAAAGCCUAAAGUGUCCACCGGAGGGAGACGUACCGUCUUUGACUUUUUAAACCACCAGCUCGGAGGCAAGAGCUCGGAUCCUGCUGAGGGGGGUGCUGCUGUGCCGUCUGGAGCCACCGGAGUGGAGGCCUACAGGGCGGGGAAAAGCACCAAAAGGAGUCUGAAUGUGAAGCUCUUCCAGGCUGCAGAGAGGGUGGCCCAAACCGAGAGAGAGAUCCAGAAACUGAGCGAGUCUCUCGGCAGACAGGCGAGCAGGGAUUCAUCCAGAGUGAAGCAGCUGGAGGAGAAACUGUCAGCGGCCCGCCGCCUGCUGGCCCAGCAGAAAGCACACGAGCUGUCCAUCCAGCGAGAGCACAGGAAGGCAGACACACACAAGAAGAUGACUGAGUUCUAACCUCAGUUUGCCCCGGCGCUUUGGAAAGACGUUGCUUGCCUCUAAUUAACUCAUAUUCCUUGCUUAAUGACAGUUUUCUGCCUUGGUUUUUUUUUUUAUUAUUUGUUACCAGCAUCAUGGGUUUUAGCUGGCAGUGGAGUCCUUUCUCGGUUGUUUGUUGGGGAUGGUUCAUGAAAAUUUAAAUGUACAACCAACAAUGUUGUUAAAAAAUAAACUUUUAGUUGUCAUGAACAAAUACUGGUUUGACCUCAACUGAACUGUUUUGUGGGACCCAUUUCGCCUUCUUUAUUUGAUUCCAGCACCACAGCUAAUUAACUACUUUGUGGAAGUGUUUACCAACCCCCUGGAUGUUUGUCAUAUUGUGUGAUAUUACAACCACAAAAUGUAACGGAUUGUCCAUAAAGUAGUGCAUAAUUGUUGGAGGAAAUAAUGCUCUGUGGUGUGCAUUUGCAUUCCUGCAACUACAGCUGCAGAGGUCUGUCUAUCAGCCUUGCUUGUCUAGAGACUGAAAUAUGUUUGCCUGUCUUUUUUAAAGAAAAUAUCUCAAGCGGAUUCAGAUUAAAGUCACAGCACCUGAA